AUGUCAUUUCUAAACAAGUUCAAGAAAGAGUUUGAAGGGCUCAAUUUGAGUGAGCGUCUGGGGCAGCAGCAGGGAGGCACUUCCCCAGUACCUGAUGCACAUGGGAACAAUUCUUAUCAGAAUCAAUACCAAGGACAGCAAACUUAUCAGGCAAAUGCGCCUUAUUCCCCGCCUCAACAGUCAUACAAUCCAGGACAAACCCAGCAGAACCCAGGUUUCCAAGCAUAUACUGGUCCUCCCUACAAUGGGCAUUCGUCAUUCAGUGGACAGCCAUAUCAGCCACCGCCACAGCAGUACCCUGGUCAUCAACCUCACAGUCCUCAACCACCUGCAUACACUUCACCUCCCCAGAUUCAGCAGCAACAGCAACAACAGCAACCAUGGUCCCCUCCACCACCACCGUCCAUGGCAAGCCCGCCAAGCAUUCACCAAGUUCAAUCUCCUCCAGCAGCCGUCACUACUUACGGUGCUCCCCCGCCAAGCGCACCUCCAUGCCCAACGCCACCUCGUUGGAUCCCUCACUGGUCAGAGAAAGAUCAGCAAUGGUACUACGUUGAAACCACAGGCAGAACCUCAUGGCAAGCGCCAUCUGAACUCCCCCCACUGGCUGGCAUGCCAGCUUUUCCAGGUAGCUUGAACGUUAUCAGCAGAGCGCCAGGACAAGGUUUGACUCAUCCGCCACAGCCACAAUAUGCAAACCCUCAAGAUUCACGACCAACUUUACCGGAAGGCGGCAGCAAAAAAUCUUCUUUUCUUGCAGCAGCUGGUGGUUUUACAGCUGGUGGCGUUGCUGGGUACUUUGUGAAAGACCGUAUUGAUAAGCGCAAAGCAAAGAAGCGUCACGGUCGCGACACAGAGGACUUUGCAGACUUUAUUGAGUAUCCCGCCUGGGAAGUCGGUCUUGAUUGUAAUGUCUGUGAUCAAGCUAUAAGCGGCCCUUAUGCGCACUGCAAGAAAUGCGACCACGGCGACUACGAUAUUUGUCGGGAUUGUCUUGCGCAGGGACAGACGUGUGAUGGGAAAGGGAAGCAUAACCUCGUCAAGGUGUAUCCCAAGUAUUACUGUGAUAUCUGCAACGUCUUGAUCAAGGGCGAGUUUUAUUACUGCGCUAAAUGCAAUAAUGGAGAUUGGGAUACAUGCAAGGGAUGCUUUGCCAAGGGUUAUACGUGUAAAGCGGCUGAGUGUGGAGGACAUCAUGACAUGUCGAAGCUUUUCAUUCCAGAGGUCAAGUUCAAGAAGAAUGGGAGGGUUGACACAAGUAGUAGUUCGGACUCUGAUUAG